GAGAGACUGAAAGAGUGGCCGAGUACACCAGUAGAUCGCUUGGUCUGGACAAGAAGAAGAAUAUUGCGGGAGGAGGGACUACUUGUCCGAAAGGUCUCCACCAAGAAGGAGACAGCACCCGUCACGUGCUCCAUGCGGCAAGAGGGAUGUGAUCUCCCCACCUGCGCCUAUGUCUACAUCUCCUCCAUCUCCAUCUGCUGGAUCUGCACCUCCCUCGUCAGCGACUGCCUUCACCGAGAGGGCAUCAUCCCGGUGCUACGAUGCUGACGAUGCAGCCAGCUUUGCGAAGCGGGUUGCUCUCGUGGGGUCCAGUGGGGGUGGAGCUGCGGCUCAAGGGCAGUUCGACGGCCCGUCGCUUCUGCGGCUGGCCAAGAAGGAAGUAGAGAGAGCUGGCAUCCAACUUGCGGCGGUGCAGUUCGUUGCUUGCGCGGAGCCCCUCGAUCUCGCUAAACCUAGCUCUGCGGCAACGCUAUGGGUGGCCGGGACGGGCGAAGGCGAUGAAGCUUUCGUCGUUGCAGCAGAAGGCCAGGACCCUGUUGGAUGUCAACAUGGCUGCAAGAAAGGAGGAUGUCAAGAUUGCAGCAGCCUUGCGGGAAGGCUGCGGUCGACAGGACGACGCUCCCAAACAAUCGCCCCGCGGUGCCAAUGCAGCAACCUCGCCAAAGAUGCUACCGUUGCACGGGCUGGUGGCGAUAUCGUGCGACGUCCACGGUGUCAACAGCCACGCCUUCACGGCGGCCAGGGGUUGCCGAGCGCCAGUGGUAGGCACUGGAGGCACCUCGUUGGGAUCGGCGUUGGCCAUGGGCUGCCUUCUGGUUGGGUCCAGCGGGGGCUCUGUUGCGACAACGAACAAGUCGAAGGUUGUUUCCUAUGCCGCCGGCUUGGCGGGACACUGGCGACUCCGAUACGACUCCGCCAAGGAGCUGAUGCAACCGCUCGCACCCGCCGCCACCUUCGCCGGAUGUCUUCCUGUCCAAAUCGGAGUGACUGUCGCGGUUGCCCUCGGGUCAGUUCCGACCACGGGCGACCUGUUGGAUGGCGCCGUGUUGGCGGCCCCGUGGAUGAUUCGACUUGAGGGAGCCAUCCCCGUGGUGGCGGCGGCGGUGGCGGCGAGACAAGCUAGCACGCUCGGAGACAUGGCCACAGCAGCAGGGGUUAUUGCUGGCUCGUUAUGCAUGGAGAACACGCUGGCCGCCCUCGCUGCAGGAACACUGGCAGGUUACCUCUGCUCCAAGAUGACGGGGCAAGCCUUGGAUUUUGGGGUCCCCGCCACUGCUCUUUCGCUGUAUGCUACUGCCGCAUCGGGCAUCCUCUCUGGCGCGAUGGUGUUGUCCGUUCUGCCGUUUCUGAAAUUACUUGGGGCGAUAGCUACCUCCACGGAUGCGUUUCUCGUCAGGCUGCAAACCACAUGGAUACAGGCGCUCGUUGGAGCGGCCAUGGGGUGUCUCAUGUGCUACGGGUCUAAGAUCGGUUGGUAUCACCGCGUCUUUUUACCGGUGAUCGUGCUGGAGCUUGCCCGUGGCGAGGGGGGAUCGAUCUGGGGCGCCAUCGAUCUGUGCGCGCUAUGCAUGGUCGCUGCGGGGCUGUGCGUCGCACACUUGCUUCGGCCCACAUCUCCGGUAGACCUAACCCUGGCCAGGAGAGGCCUCAUCUUUAACCUCUGCUUCGGCGACUUCAUCGAGGCCGCCUACCCGUUCAUGGAGCGAUGCCGCUGCUGCAAUGCCGGCGCUUACUUGGGCUCCGCUGUCUCCGGCGCCUUUGUUGCCGUAGGCGGCGUCGCGUCUACCGCUUACCUUCCGCUGCCCGUGGCCGUGGCGGCCUGCUCGAAGCCGUGGUGGUUGCUGGGGGCCACGUCCGCGGCGUUUCUGCCGGCGUUUGCGCUCGGCCUCCUCAGACCGAAAGCGAAGUGAAACGCUUCCUUCAUCACCGCCGUAAGCGAGAUGGCCUUUGAGCGUAUCGUUCGGGGCAAGGAAAGGUUGCUCCGAGACAUUGCUUUCGGGUGGCGUGCUUGUUUUCUAAGUAAAUUUGGAGGCGAGUGGUGGAGCAGGGGCUUGAGCAUUUGUGGUGUGGUGCAUGGUAAGAGGGGUUAGAGUGAGUAUUUCUUGAUGCAGUUGGUGCAGUUACUGCAUAUUGUUGGGAAAUGUUCUCGCUGCGAGUCCUCCAUGGUAGUUUCUGUGAUUUUCGAACAAGCUGCGCAUGUAUUUUUAGACACAUCACUGGCGUUACCCCGCGGCAUGCUUGCUCCCGCCGUACACUAUGGAAGGGAACCAAAGUGGUCAACAAACGGUCGUUUACUGUUCGUGUCAAAGGAGGUUUGGGAUCGGAGAGGUAGACAAAUGUCGUGGCUCGGCAUUGGGUUUCGUUUUCUUUCCCAUAUCCUUCGGGACGCUUUUGUGUGCAACGAAGGGAUGGUUUGGCGUUACGGUGUAUUUGUUGCGCCACAUCUCCCUGGCGUCAUGAGCGCCGCGCGGAGCACGUGCCCUCCUUCCUUUCUUCCGCUUCCGUCGCCGACAUUUACUCGGCAUGCGAUGUUUGGUUCCAAUCCUGAAAGGUUGCUUGCUGGUUCGGGGACAAAAAGCAACAGUCUACGUUGGAAACUAUCUUGAAGCUGUUCAUUGGACGUUGUUGCCUCGAUCGCGCUGUGGGUCCUCUGGUCACACGGAAGUACUUGCAAGUACAACGGGGGGGUAUCGAUAACGCCGGUUGCAACCAGCGCCGCUGAAAUUGCUGGGUACAGACCGAAUCACCAAGUCAUUCUGCAUCUUGAAUAGCGCCGGUCGAU